AUGUUUCAGAUGAAAUUGUUUGUCCUAUUAUCGGUGUUGUCGGUGGCGGCUCUGGUAGCGGCGCAGCCCGCUGAAUUGGACGAGUCUUCUUACGUAGAAGACCAGGAUGUCUCGCUCAUUCCCCUCGAGCGAUCCAAUAGACUCCUAGUCAGGAGACAGUUUAUCGCGUCAGCAGCUGCUAACACAAUCCGCACAGUAAAUUAUACGUGGCGUGGCGCCGCCGGCACUAGGAUCAGCAGCUGGAGCGUAAGCCGAGUGGGCGCCGCACAAGGGGCUUCUGUCACGCGGACAGGGGGCGGGGUUGGCAGUAACUUCUUGUCGAUUAGAAUGCAGUCUGCGCGCGGCAGAGGAUUCAAUUACAUGCUCGAAAUCUGGGGCCGUUAAAUAAUUUAGUUAGAAUAUUUAAUUUAAUAUUUUGUGACAUUAAUUAUAUAAGUAAUUUUUAUUACGACUUAUUAAUAAAAAUAAUACAUCAUAUAUUACUGUUUUUUUUUCUUAAUAUUAUAUAUAGCUUAUUUAUUUUAAAAGCAAUGUAUUGUAAAUGAACGCACUUUUAAUAAAAAAUUACUU